AUGGCUGCUAACUGCGAGGGAUUGUCAAGCGAAAACACGGCUUUGAGAGUUGAAUGUGAAGCCCAGGAAGCUGAAAUAGCUCAAUUAAGAAACUUUCUUCAGUUUUCGGUCACAAAACCUGAUAUUUACCCUGGCCAACAACGUGUUACACUUAGUAAAGGACUUAAUGUCUUUCCUGAAAAAGCAUGGCAGCAGCUGAGCACUGAUACGCCACAUGUUGAUGAUGCCGUCGUGAUUUCUGCGCUAGAAGGGCAGCUGAAUGAGAAAAAUAGGCAAUUGAAUGCAUGUCUAAAGGAAAUUGCGGAGCUCAAGAGUUACCUUAAAGAAGACGCCUCAGGCCGCACAAAUACACAAGACGAAAAUACAUCUCAUCUAUUGUCCCAGAUUAGCUUUCUACAUAAUGAAGUAGAACGACUAGAGCAACAGGUGGCAACCGUUCGUGCCGAUAGUACGAGGGAGGCUCAUACUCUCGCUAUAGAAUUUAAUGAGAAGCUUGGUCAGAAGGAAAAAGAGAGUCGUGCUACUACCGAAAAGUUAAGAGCUAGAAAAAAGCGGAAUGUGGAUGGAGAGGAUCUUCUUGUCCGUUGCAAAAGCCUUGAAAAUCAACUUGCUAUUGCUCUGUCAGAAAAGAACUCAUUGCUUGUCGAGAAAAAUGAACACUGUACGACGAUUCGAAAACUUGAGGCAGCUCUUAAAGAACGUAAAUACGAAUUUUUGGAAGUACAGAAGAUGGCCUCAAAUGAAUGUGUGGCGAGUGGAAUACAAAUCAAGAGCUUACAGGAGGUCAUUCAAGUUUUGUCGGACGAAAGAUCAGCUCUACAAAAACAACUUGUUCAACUUCGUGGUGAAUUAAACGUUGAAAAACUUCAUGCUGAAAUUCAGGUCGGGAAGAAUUUGCUCACUGCUUCGACUCAAAUGGAGCCCCUGCAGGUCGCCGAAAAGGAAUGUCAGGUGAAUUCCGUUUUAUUUACUGCUGAAUUUGAGGCACAAUCUGUUCAGAGUUUGAAACAUAUGCUUGAACUUAAGUGUACCGAAUGUGAUGAUUUACGGGUCCGAUUCGAUGCUCUUUCUUCAGCGCAUCGAGAAACCCUUUCAACUCUUGAAAUAACGAAAAAGUCUCUUGAAGAGGAAAUUGAAGGAAGAAAGUUUCUCAGUGAUGAUGCGGAAAAACUAUCUUUGCAAGUGCGCUCUUUGCAACAAAAGUGUAGCCAGCAGGCGUUAUCUGAGAGAGAACUGCAGGCAAGAAUAAACCAAAUGGAGGAACAAAAACGGCAGUUGAGACUCAAUUUUACGAGUAUAGAAAGGGAUAAAGGCGUGCUGGAAGAGCGACUGCAACAAAAUGAAAAGGACAUGGAACAACUGUUGGCAAAUAAGAACUACUGCAACCAACAAGUUGGGCAACUUGCUCAUGAAAAUGAGAGGCUUCUAGCCGAAGUACAGCGUCUUCACCAGCGUGAAGUGCAACUAACAUACUCUUUGAAGGCGAAGGAUGGAGAGCUGCGUGAAAUUCUUUCUGCGUAUCAAAACGCUGUAAAGGAGGCUGAAUCGCAGGUGGAAGCUCAACGAUCCAUAGAACGUGAAUUAGAAGCUAUUCGUGCAACUUUAGCAUCUAAAGAACAGUGUAUACUCUAUCUUCAGGAACAACUAAAUCAACUGCAUCAUAGAGACCAACAACUUUCCUUGGAUUUACAGACAUUUGAAUACGAAAAUGGACAAUUGCAUCGACGACUUGUACAAACAGAGGCAUUAGUAACACAAUUUGAAGCCAAAUGUAAUGAUUUGCAGCAGGUUUCCUUGGCAAAGGACAAAACAACAGAGGAGUUGCAACAAAGCCUUGCCGAACUGAGCAAACAGGUUGCCUUAAAAGAGAACGAGUGCAUGCUUCUUCGACACCGAUCUGAAUCUAUUCAAUAUGACCUUUCACGCCUCCAAUCAGUUUAUGAAACUGAGUCAUAUCGCUUGAGAGAGUUGGAGAAUACCAACGCUCGUCUUGUUGUAAGAGGUGUGAUGAGUGGAGACAGUGACGACAGGUUGAACUCUUUUCGCGAAGAGUUGGAGGUUACUAAAGAAAAACUCCGUGAAAAAAGCAUGGCUCUUCAAAGACUGAAGGAUCAACUACAAAAAGAAAAGGAAGAGCGGAUGAAAUGUAUUGAAGAAUUGGGAGCGGUUCAAACUUCUUUGGAGGAAGCAUUGCUCUCCAAGGAAAGGUUGCAACAGGUAGUUUUGGAUCAGGCUGCCACUCUAUCCCAUUUAUCUCAGUAG